AUGAUAGCACUUACACCGCGGCGUCUCAUGAUUGGACUAUUUGAUACCAAGCACAACGUCCGGGCCCUCAACCACCACGCUGUGAACUGGGACACCAGCUGCGCCACCACUGAGAAAUGCAUUGCCGCAUGCGAAAUCGAGGGAUACUGUCUUGCUGGUCUUGAAUACGGCCACGAGUGCUGGUGUGGCAAUAGCGUCCACGGAGACGUUCGUCCUGUGCCGGACAGCUACUGCAACUUCCCUUGUUCUGGCGACUACGACGACACCUGCGGUGGAUAUGGCUACAUGGGACUUCACAUUCGAAAGGGGUCCAAAUUCAUUGUUGAGCCGCCGAGGCUUAUGGAGGAUGGAGACAACUCCUUGGUCUCUGAAUCGGUAACUCAUGCACCUCGUGACCAGAUUGCCAAUGGCAGCGUCCAAUGUUUCGACGUUGGUGCUACGGCUCAUCAUCGGGUCCCUCAGAGCGGCCAGCUGGUCUGCACUUGGUCACCAGCUGCCAUGCUGGAGAUGAACUUCCCUCCAUAG